UUGCCGCCAUUUUUGUUGAGGGCGGAUAACUUGUACGCCAAGAUAGUCUUUCAGUGUAGUUCCACUUUCUCCUCCACGGUUCAGCUUCUCAAACUAUGCUGGAAAAGGACGAGAAAGGGUCGGAGUCGAAGAGUGAUCUUUACUCUGAAGCUUAUCGAGCGUCGCGCUGUGACGUCACGGUCGGCGUCUCCGCCAUCUUAGUUGUGGUUAAAGAGGUGGCCACUUCGGAAGUGACUGCUUGUGUGCUGCCGGGUAGAUGCUCAGGCUAUGUGGGUUUGGCGUGGUGCUGAGCCUGGUCGCGGCGGCGGCGGCGGUCAUGGCCGUGUGGUUGAUGGACUGGUGGGGUCCAGAGGGUUCCCCCUCUGGCCUUCGCCUCUUCGUACCCGAGGAGCUAGCCCGCUAUCGCGGCGGCCCAGGGGACCCGGGUCUGUACUUGGCGUUGCUCGGCCGCGUCUACGACGUGUCCUCAGGCCGGAGGCACUACGAACCUGGGGCGCACUAUAGCGGCUUCGCAGGCCGGGAUGCAUCCAGAGCCUUUGUGACAGGAGACUAUUCUGAAGCUGGCCUAGUGGAUGAUGUCACUGGCUUGUCCUCCUCUGAGAUACUGAUACUUCACAAUUGGCUUUCAUUCUACGAGAAAAAUUAUGUAUUUGUCGGGAGAUUGGUAGGAAGGUUCUACAGAGAGGAUGGGUUUCCCACUGCAGAACUAACACAGGUGGAGGCCAUGGUAACUAAAGGCGUGGAAGCAAAUGAAUGGCGACAGAGAGAAAAGCACACGUUCCCUCCAUGCAAUGCCGAGUGGAGCUCCGCCAAGGGUAGCCGGGUCUGGUGCUCCCAGAAGAGUGGAGGUGUGAACAGAGACUGGAUUGGUGUCCCCAGGAAGAUGUAUAAGCCAGGAGCCAAAGAGCCCCACUGUGUGUGUGUGAGAACAACUGGCCCCCCUAGUGACCAGCAAGACAACCCUAGACACUCAAAUCGUGGGGACUUGGACAAUCCCAACUUGGAGGAAUACACAGGCUGCUCACCUCUGGCCAUGGCGUGUUCCUUCCCGCUCUGAGAUGGUGUCCUGUGUGUUGAUGACACAUGGAGAACCUUCCCUACAUCUCCAGGAAGCCCUUAAUGCUUAUACUGUAGGAGGCUCCUGGCAUGAAAACAGGAGGGUCACAGACACCAGCCUCACUCUGCAAAUGUGAGUCACGAUUCUAUUGACUGAGACAAGAGCCUGAUAGCCUGCCUGGUAUGUUCAAUUUGUUUUGACACUGUUUGGAACCUUGGUCCCCUGUCAUCUUCCUUCAGAGCCUGCAGACAUUCAUGAACACAGUGUGAUCAACAUAGAACUGCCUGGAUAGAGAGCCUGUGUGCUCCAGCAAGGGACUUCGCAUGAACUCAUUGCUGCCCUACCCCGAGCUUGUGCUCUUCCCAUCGUGCCAGUCCUGCUGGGUACUUGGAGCUAUAGCAGAAGAAGACUGUUGUGACUCUCAGCAGAGGAGCAGGCAUUUCCCAAGAAGCUGCGCAUCUUGCAGAAUCAAGGUGCUGUGUAUAUAUGAAUACCACAAGUGUGCAGUGCUCCCAGAGGCCAGAAGAAGGCACUGGAUUCCCAUGUGGAGCAGAACCCAAGUCUCUUCAUCCCCUGGCCUUCAUCUCUUCAUCUUCCUGCGGGGAUUAUACAUAUUUGCUACCACCACACUCAGCUUAGGACAUUUUAAUUCUUGCUAUCAUCUCAGAAGAAAGGCAUAAAAACUCACAAAUUAAGAACCAAGAGUUGUGGGGGGCAGGGCAGAGGGGAAGGUGGAGGAAACAGGAGGGGGGAGGGAAUGGGAACUGGGAGGAAAUGUAAAGUGAGAAAAAGGAAAAAAAAAACAAGAGUUGAUAGCUGGAGAAAUGGCUCAGUAGUUAAGAGCAUUCGUUUAGUUCCCAGUACCACAUCUUGGCUCACAACCAUCCUAACUCCAGGUCCAGGGGACCUGGUGCCUGACCUCCACAGGCACAAGCAUGCAUUGGUACAUGUACAUAUAUGCAAGCAGAACACUGAUACAAAUAAAAUAUGUCUUUCAAAAUUAUUAAAUAAAUAAAACCAGCCAGGAG